AAGAAGGUUCUCCAAUGUUGAUUGUUGACCUUUACUCACAAGUCACACAUGAGACUAUAAGAGGAGGUUAAACCAUAAACGCACAAAAUGUCGACCUCGGCCUUGGCCCGUACUAGCCGUUGGGUUUCGCGGUCCAAAAUACUAUUGCAUUUCCAAACGAAGCUAAUUCUCACAUCUUUCUCCACCGACACUGGCACAGCUGACAAGGAUAAUGAUCCGGGUCGACCCGGGCCACCUCCGAUCCGGGUCUUGCUCACCGAGUCGGCCGGGCGAGGCGUGUUCGCCACUCGAAGAAUCGGAGCCGGAGAGCUUAUCCACACAGCUAAGCCCGUCGUUGCUCACCCUUCUCUCUCUAAGAUCCACAGCGUUUGUUACUUUUGUCUCAGAAACCUCAAAACUACCUGUCAAAGUCAAACUCAAGCUGUGCAGUUUUGUAACGAAGAGUGCGAAGAGCAAUCUAAGGCUUUCUACGAUAUUGAGAAGAGAGCAAAUUGGUCAGCCUAUGAUGAUUAUUGCCGAGCACAAGGUUUGAAAUACCCACUUCUGGUGAAACGGUUAGCAUGUAUGGUAAUAUCAGGAUUUGCAGCUGCCGACAGUCUUGACAUACUUCAACCUGCUACUUUAUCUCCUUUAAUGAUCUCAGAGAUGGUAGAGGAGCUUGGCUUAUUAAGGAGUUCCUUCACAAAGGCUAAUAUCACAGAUGAACAGAUAGCUUUUCUAACCAAGACAUGGUACACUAGUGUUCUGGCACGUAUUCGUAUUAAUGCAUUUCGUGUUGAAUUGGCUGGGGAAUCGUAUCAAGAUCUUUUUGCAUUGGCAGCUGCCUCUGUAGAUGCUGAAGCUGGUGUUGGAAAUGCAGUUUAUAUGCUUCCAUCGUUCUAUAAUCAUGAUUGUGAUCCCAAUGCACACAUAUUAUGGAUACAGAAUGCAGAGGCCAGAUUGAAGGCACUUCGUGAUGUUGAGGAAGGGGAAGAGCUCCGGAUCUGCUAUAUUGAUGCAAGUAUGGGUCAUGAUGCUCGGCAAACUCUCCUGUCAAAGGGGUUUGGUUUUCAAUGCAAUUGCCUUAGGUGUUUGUCCCGUGAUUAAGGGAAUCAUAUAUUUUCUUGUUGAAUAUGAUGUGACAUUAUCAGUGUGUAUUUUUUUAUUGUUCAAUUAGAAGGAUGAAUUCCACUUGUGAUUUCUAUCA